UCGGGUUCUCGAUGUUUCCUUCGUCGCCAAGCACCCAAGCACCCCAACUGUCUUCAGAAGAGCCGGGGAAAAAUUAUUAAAAAAGAAAAGAAAAAAAAACUCUGCCGAGAAGCCCUAUAAGAAACCCUAGAAGAAUACCGCAGCCGCCAAGAAAGGAAGACGCCCUAGAAGAAUAUCACAGAGAUAGAAGAAAAGACUAAGGGGAUCUAGAAGAAGAUCACAAGACGGGGAGAAGAGUAGAGAUGGCCGAGCCAGAGAGAGUUUGGAGCAACAAGGGCUGGGUGUAUUGAUUGCAUCAGGUCACUAGGAAGAAGAGAGUCCGAAGGAGUCAUAAGGGGCCUAAUUCCGUUGCAGAAACUAUUGCCCGGUGGAGAGAGCAGAACAGCCAGCUGGAAUGCUCUUUCAAUGGCGAGAAACGAGCACGGAGAGCGCCUGCAAAGGGUUCAAAGAAGGGUUGCAUGAAAGGCAAAGGAGGGCCAGACAAUGCACACUGCAAGUAUCGUGGUGUAAGGCAGCGUACGUGGGGCAAGUGGGUUGCUGAAAUCCGAGAACCCAAUCGAGGCAGUCGCCUGUGGCUAGGGACUUUCCCUACUGCCCUGGAAGCUGCUCUUGCUUAUGAUGAAGCUGCAAAGGCUAUGUAUGGCCCCUAUGCCCGUCUCAAUCUUCCGCAGUUCAAUGGUGCUGCCAACGCUCAGGUGACAACUUCAGGAUCGUGCGAAUCUACCACCACAUCACAUCACUCUGAUGUCUCUCAUGAUUGGAGCCCUCGGUCACCUGAGGUCAAAGUGCCCAAGAAAGAACUAGAGGAGGAGAUUAGAAAUGAUAGCCUGCCACCUGCACCAGUGGGUGCUGCUGCAAAGGUGGAGCAGCCUGGUGAGGAGUUGUUUGGGCCCCGGGAUCAGCUGGAGGAUCUUCCGGAAGAUAUGUUCGACAUUGGAGACAUGUUGAGGAUGAUGGAUGCUGACCCGACAAAUAGGGGCGUUGGCGGCGAGCAUACGGACGGGAGAACAGGCCAUUCUGGUGAUGUUGAUGCUGACAUCAACUGGCAACUUAGCAGCCCUUCUGCUCUCUCGUUCCAGUUGCAGAAUCCGGAUGCUAAGCUGCUGGGAAGUCUGCAUCAUAUGGAACAAAACCCCAUUGCCAUGGAUUAUGGUUAUGAUGAUUUUGUCAGCCAGCUGGAGCAGGAUUGGAAGUAUGGGCUGCCUGACGAUGAUCCGGGGAUGUGGGAGAUGGGAUAUCCUGAGUCGGACUUGUUUUAACAUGAUUCUGAUGGAGGCAAAGUCCGGCUGUUCUGUCACACCCAAGUGCUACUGAAGUAGUUUGGAGUUCUGAUAUCUGACCGUUCUUUUAUUCAUGAAAACUGACGGGCUUCAGCUAGUUCGCGCUGUUUUUUUUAAAGUAUGGGGACUGAGCUUGCGGCACUGUCAGUAUAGCUUUGUCUAUUAUCCGUUUUGCUUUAUUUUGAUAUUAUGUUUCAGGGACGAUACUAGAUCAUUCACCUAGUUCAUUUUGUAUGUUGGAGCUUUCUAAGCAUCGAGUUAAUCAACUCUGUAUAUAACGGAAUGGAACGAGGUUUACAAGAAAAGCAAGUAGUAGCUUGAUGUUUUCGUGUAGAAUCAGGUGCCUGAUGAAAAUACAAAUUUUGUGCGUUUGCACCA